AUGGAUCCUAGAAGAAAACGACGCUCGAUUAGACAGCGUUCGCGCACCAGACCUUUAGAACCAGUAAAUUUAAUGCAACUCUUGCGACGCCGUUCUCGUUAUCGCCCUUAUAGUGUUAACAAUAGAAAUAUGCGACAAGUGCAACAUCCUUUCUUUAGGUCCAAUAAUGAAUUAGAAAACGGAAACAUAGCAAAUGUUGGAAGUUUUUACAGGCGCAAUAUUAAUCUAUUGAACGAGGAAAUGUUGAUAGAAGUUUUGCCUUCAUUUAGUGCGGCACAUAGUGCAGAUAGACAAGAUAUGGGUACUAAUACUGAAAUACCAUGUGGUGCUGCACAUUCUUCGUCUACUUCCACAGAACAAACACCACAAGCAGAAGGCGAGGUAUCGAAGGAGAUAUCUUCGGUUGAUAAUGCAAGUUUAACAUAUGAGGAUUUGGCAAAGUUACAAAAUAAUUCAAUGACUUACAUUGCUAGUAAAGUUUCGAAUAAUGUUCCAAGUAAAGCUACCUUAGAAGAUAAUAGUGUGAAAUCUUACGUCGUUUUAAGCAGAGCAAAAUCAAAUCAUUCAAAAUCUCAAGAAGAAUCCAGCUCCAAUGCUUCGGGUUCCUCAAUUUCUUAUACCGAAAAAUAUGAACACUUGAAAGAAAAAAAUUUGUCAGAUGUACCCUCGGAAACCGAAACGGAUCCCCAAAUUAAUACCAAUUUUCCACCGACAGAAAAUAUUUUAUUUAAUUCGGAAAUCAAUAAUACAAAUGAUCCUCUAGAUUCCUUUCAUUCUUAUACUGGAAAUUUUAGAUCUUUGGAAGAAAAUAUCAAUAGAGAUUAUUCUUAUUAUUUUGAAGAUAUGGAAAGGCUAGAAGCUUAUAUGACACCCGAUGUUUUUGAACCUGAAGAAGGUUUGUUAACGGAAAAUGAGGUGAUAAUGACUGCUUCAACACCGAAAGAGUUUAAAGCGAACGAUAAUACUUCGGAAUCUGACAAUACUUCUUCAAAUCUUUUAAAACUAAAGGAAUCUAACACAACAGUCAAUAUUGCAACGGAUGAGUCGUCUUCAGGACAAGAUGUAAAAGUUAUAAAUCAUACUAUAGAAAUACCAGGAUCAUCCUCCGAUUCUCUAGAAGUACCAUCUACAAUCGGAAUUGUUCAUGUUGAGGUACAUUCAAACACCUCCAUCGAGAAUAAUGCCAGUGAUUCUUCAUUUAAUGAGAAUAAUGAGGAUAAUGAAUCGAAUACUGCUGCCGCUGAUGAUGAGGCUGGUGGUGAUGGUGUUUUUAAUGAUUCCAAUAAUGCCAGUGACAACAAUUUGAGUAAUGAGCAAAGUGAAUCCAAUACAGCCGCCGUUGAUAUUAAAGCUGGAGGAGAUGGUUCUCAUAAUGACUCUCUAAUACAAAUUGAAUUUACUUUAACUGCCAAUAUACAAUCUGACGACGAUAAUGAUGAUGACGUUACCAAUGCCAAUGAUGAGGGUGAUGUUGACAAUCAUAGGGAAUGGCAUAAUGAAGAUACUUAG